UCAUCGUGCCUUAGGGGGAUGGAUAAUGAGAUUAGUUGCUGGGGCCAAGCCUGCAUCAGUCCAAAGGGGUCAAUCGCUGGAUUAUCACUCCUCUUGCUAAGGACUUAGACACCACUAUCACGUACACAACAUUUUGUAGUACUCGUUGACUUCUUCUACACCUGACUUUUCUUUUGGAGGGGGGAUUAUUAGGUUGAAGGUAAGAGUGGAAGACCUCAUGUUUGCCUGUUUUGACGUUGCAAAGUUUUGGAAUAAGAAUUAUGGUGCAUGACUUUGUAGCCUGCAUGGCCAUGGGAUUCUGACUGUCCCAGGUGCAGAGUGUUGAAUGAGGGGUCUGGCUGGGAAGUGAGUGCAGGGGUGACCGGCGGACUGAAGGACGGGUGGGCUUUGUGCUCGCCUGCUGUGACAGGGUCUGCAGCUCUCCACCAGCAGCCCUCAUGCCACUCAUCAACAACAAAGUGGGUGACGAUGGCACUACCAGUUCACCAAAGACUCUGGAAGAGGGGAAGGUUCUUAUCGACUCACUCAUAAAGGUGGUGGCAUGUUACCGCCACCUGGCCUCGUGUGUGGGUGGGUGCACGGACAGCUUGCACCUGCGUGACGAGCUACGGCUAACGCGGGAGAAGGCCCAGAAGUUAGCGGUGGCCAGCCGUCACCACCUCACGGCACGGCUACGGGAUAAGACACUGCCCCAGGGGGAGAGACAGGAGAUGGAACUGCUCUGGGUGGCCUUCACCUCCAGUCUGGAACUCCUCCACGCAGACAUGUGCAAAGUCUUCAACAUGGGUUCCAACUUCUCCCUGAUCAAUAACAACACUUUAGUGCAGACUGGCAUUCAAGGGGAAACCAGUGAGGUGACAGCACGGGCCCUCAGCCUGGCAGACCUGACCCGUGCCGAGGACCAGGUUCCCGCCAGCCUGGAAGAUCUGGAGCAGAGCCAGCUGGAGGAGGAGAUCGCCCAUGUGGAUGUCAUGCUGGAGGACAUGGAGGAGAAGGUCAACGUCCUGCGCUGGAUGGUGGAGGCCCGCGGGCCCCAGUACGCCGAACCGGCCAGCACGGACAGCGCCUCGUUGGGCCUCUUGUCCACGGACGAGGAGGCAGGUUCCCAAAGCCAGCAGUGCUGCGAGCGCAGCCAGAUUUUCAUGGUGCUGGUGCUGUGCAGCGUGGCAGUGGUGAUGGCCGUGCUGUCCGUCUGCGUGGUCUAUCUCUCAUGAGGAGGCUUGUCACCAGUGGAUUUCACCCAGGUUUUGUUGAGCCGCUAAAAGCAGUAGGACCUUAUGUUGCCAUAAAUUCCAUCCUCAUGUCAAUUGAUAUCUGAAAAUAGGGUUGUUGGAAGAAACUGGUGUUGUUGAAAGGGCGGGGUACUUUACAUAUUUCUUUAUUUAAAUAAAGAGCCCCAUUUAGAAUGAAUACACUCCAGGUUACACAGUUUGACGCUCCCAUUUCUGUUAGAAAGUCAAUAUCAAACACAUUCAAAAAGAGUUAGAUGACAUGUGCAAUGUAGUUUAGCUAAUGUUAAUGUAUUGUAGUAGAAUGAAAUUGAACCAUUUAUGCUCUUUACUAAUGUAUGCUGACUACUGUAUAUGACAGUAAGGUUAAUUAAUUUUUAUUGAAAUGCAUUGAACAUAAUCUGUUUACACAACUUGACAGUGGUUGACAAAGUACACCCACCACAUUUAGGUCCAUGUUGUCAUUGACACUGAAGGUGUUUGUGCUGCCAGAUUACAAUGAAGAUCUUUGCACAUGAGUGCAAUGUGUGGGAGCAUAUCAGUUUGCUGACCUGUUGUGAAUAUAUAUUACAUUCUAAUGAAGAAUUUCAUGUGAAUAUUCUCAAUAUUGUGGCUUCCAUGUCACUUCAACCAAUAGGUUAGCUUACUGCAUUACUGAUAUUGUAUCCAGGCUUUCGCAAUACAGUAAUUAUUGCAGGAAUAUGUGUAGUACUUGUGGAGUAUUCUGUUUAUAUUCUGUCUUCAGAGUCCUCCGUAACCCAAAUACCAUAAACCUGACCCGGGUCUGGAACGGGUUCUACAAUAAAUCAAAUGGAACAUGUGUUGCUGUGUCCCCAGCUUCAGAUUCAGGCUAGCAGUUGUGCCAGCAAUGCAAGCAAACAGGGAGACUUUUCCACUCAAGGCACAUGAAAAAUACAAACAUUGUAAGUGACAUACAGUAGCUGAGAAUGUGUUUCCUAAACACAGUGGACGGCCUGUGCACAAUUUCAUAUAUUACCAAGGAUACACAGGGCCGGACUACCACAUUUGGGGCACAGAGGCACUGACCUGAUUUUUUGUGUUGACAUAUUUUUCAGUUUUAUAGCUAAUGCUAUUGUAGAUAUUUUGUCAAGAUAAAAUGUUGUAGUUUUAAAGUUAAUUUCCUGCAAAUCUAUGCUAUUUGCUAUGGGUCAGAGAUAAAAAAUGUGCUGUUUUAUAGCUCAUCUAAUGCUAUUGUUCACAUUUUGCCAUGAGACUGAGAGAAAAUGUUGCAGUUUUUAAGAUAAUUUCCUGCUAUUCUACACAUUUUGCCAUCAUAUGCUAUCUGGGGGGACCCCGACCUCCAGGUGGUCCCCAUCCAAAUCAAAUCAAAUCAAAUCACAUUUUAUUUGUCACAUACACAUGGUUAGCAGAUGUUAAUGCGAGUGUAGCGAAAUGCUUGUGCUUCUAGUUCCGACAAUGCAGUAAUAACCAACGAGUAAUCUAGCUAACAAUUCCAAAACUACUACCUUAUACACAUAAGUGUAAAGGGAUAAAGAAUAUGUACAGAAAGAUAUAUGAAUGAGUGAUGGUACAGAGCGGCAUAGGCAAGAUGCAGUAGAUGGUAUCGAGUACAGUAUAUACAUAUGAGAUGAGUAUGUAAACAAAGUGGCAUAGUUAAAGUGGCUAGUGAUACAUGUAUUACAUAAAGAUGCAGUAGAUGAUAUAGAGUACAGUAUAUACGUAUACAUAUGAGAUGAAUAAUGUAGGGUAUGUAAACAUUAUAUUAAGUAGCAUUGUUUAAAGUGGCUAGUGAUAUAUUUUACAUCAAUUCCCAUCAAUUCCCAUUAUUUAAGUGGCUGGAGUUGAGUCAGUAUGUUGGCAGCAGCCACUCAAUGUUAGUGGUGGCUGUUUAACAGUCUGAUGGCCUUGAGAUAGAAGCUGUUUUUCAGUCUCUCGGUCCCAGCUUUGAUGCACCUGUACUGACCUCGCCUUCUGGAUGAUAGCGGGGUGAACGGGCAGUGGCUCGGGUGGUUGUUGUCCUUGAUGAUCUUUAUAGCCUUCCUGUGACAUCGGGUGGUGUAGGUGUCCUGGAGGGCAGGUAGUUUGCCGCCGGUGAUACGUUGUGCAGACCUCACUACCCUCUGGAGAGCCUUACGGUUGUGGGUGGAGCAGUUGCCGUACCAGGCGGUGAUACAGCCCGACAGGAUGCUCUCGAUUGUGCAUCUGUAGAAGUUUGUGAGUGCUUUUGGUGACAAGCCAAAUUUCUUCAGCCUCCUGAGGUUGAAGAGGCGCUGCUGCGCCUUCUUCACGAUGCUGUCUGUGUGGGUGGACCAAUUCAGUUGGUCCGUGAUGUGUACGCCGAGGAACUUAAAACUUACUACCCUCUCCACUACUGUUCCAUCGAUGUGGAUAGGGGGGUGUUCCCUCUGCUGUUUCCUGAAGUCCACAAUCAUCUCCUUAGUUUUUUUGACGUUGAGUGUUAGGUUAUUUUCCUGACACCACACUCCGAGGGCCCUCACCUCCUCCUUGUAGGCCGUCUUGUCCCUGUUCGGUAAUCCGGCCCUGAGGAUACAGGUCAAGGUAUUAACUAAUGUCUCUUAAUUCCAUAUUACAAAAGUAAAACCAAAGGUUUGUGUAGCUUCUAUAUUAAAUGGUAAAUUUGUCAACACCCAAGCUGUGGUGUAAAAACUGUGAAUACCAUAUUAUAUUUAAUUAACAGAGCAUUACAACUUUUAAUGAACUGCAGUAGUAUAGUAAUAGCUUAUGUAAUAAAUAAUAUGUACAUGUUUAUUCAUACCCAUCAACUGUUAUUAGUAAACUCAGCAAAAAAAGAAACGUCCUCUCACUGUCAACUGCGUUUAUUUUCAGCAAACUUAACAUGUGUAAAUAUUUGUACGAACUUAACAAGAUUCAACUACUGAGACAUCAAUAACUGAACAAGUUCCACAGACAUAUGACUAACAGAAAUGGAAUAAUGUGUCCCUGAACAAAGGGGGGGUCAAAAUGAAAAGUAACAGUCAGUAUCUGGUCUGGCCACCAGCUGCAUUAAGUACUGCAGUGCAUCUCCUCCUCAUGGACUGCACCAGAUUUGACAGUUCUUGCUGUGAGAUGUUACCCCACUCUUCCACCAAGGCACCUGCCUUACAACAGGCCUACAAGCCCUCAGUCCAGCCUGUCUCAACCUAUUGCGGACAGUCUGAGCACUGAGGCAGAGAUUGUGCAUUCCUGGUGUGGUUCCUGUGGUUGCCAUCCUGUACCUGUCCCGCAGGUGUGAUGUUCGGCUGUACCGAUCAGGUGCAGGUGUUGUUACACGUGGUCUGCCACUGCGAGGAUGAUCAGCUGUCCAUCCUGUCUUCCUGUAAAGCUGUCUUAGGCAUCUCACAGUACGGACAUUGCAAUGAAAUGCCCUGGCCACAUCUGCAUCUCCUUGCAGCAUGCCUAAGGCACGUUCAUGCAGAUGAGCAGGGGCCCUGGGCAUCUUUCAUUUGGUGUUCUUCAGAGUCAGCAGAAAGGCCUCUUUAGUGUCCUACGUUUUCAUAACUGUGACCUUAAUCGCCUACCGUCUGUAAGCUGUUAGUGUCUUAACGACUGUUCCACGGGUGCAUGUUCAUUAAAUGUUUAUGGUUCAUUGAACAAGCAUUGGAAACAUUGUUUAAACCCUUUACAAUGAAGAUCUGUGAAGUUAUUUUGAUUUUUACAAAUUAUCUUUGAAAGAAAGAAUUCGGAAAAAGGGGCUUUUCUUUUUUUGCUGAGUUUAUUAGUGGUGAGUAAUUCAUACAUGUUCUGUGGCAAUAAUAGCUCAUCAGUUUCCUCAGUCUUGAUCACACAUGUGCAUUGUGCACUGACUAGACUAUUGACCCUUCAGGGACAUUAGACAUUAAAGAAAUGCAGCAUACUGUAAAUACUGUAUACAACAGCAUGGUCAAAUCUACUCAAAGACCACUCUGCAAUAGAAUUUCUAAUAAAAAUCCAAAGAAAAUGCAAA